UGAAAUCGCGCGACAGGAGCCACAGAACAUUCGUGCUCAAGAGGACAAGUUGCAGGAUUCACCCAAACUGAUCACACAAAACCAAGAGUAGAGAGACUGAAAUAGCGGAAAGAUAAUCAUGGCUACUGAGGGAGAUCCGACGGACUUUGUGAAAGUUCUUCAUCUGCUGGUGAUUUCCUUCACUUGGGGAAUGCAGGUGUGGGUGUCUUUCAUAGCAGGUUUUGUGCUGAUUUCUCAGGUGUCCAUGCACACAUUCGGUCUUGUCCAAAGUAAGUUAUUCCCAGUUUAUUUCUACUGUCUGCUGGGUGGUAAUGCAGUCAGCCUCGCCGUAUACGCUGUGUAUCACCCUAGAGAACUGCUGGACUGGCAUGAAGGGAUACAGAUGAGCCUGUUCUUUGUGGCUCUGAUUAUGGCUGGUCUGAACGCGCAGUGGUUUGGUCCGUCUGCCACAGAGAAUAUGCUGGUCAUGCAGGAGAUCGAGAAGGAGCACGGUCUGGGAAAUCAAGUGGGCAUGAGCUCCAGCAGGGAAGGAUACACCAAACUGCGUGAACAGGACCCUAAAUACAAGGAGCACAGGAGCACCUUCUACCGCUACCAUGGUCUGUCCAACCUCUGCAACCUCAUAGGCUUUUUCUGCAUUACCGUCAAUCUCAUCUACCUGGCCCUCAAUUUGGGAACUAUAUGAGUACAGACAGACAGAAUUUUUCAAGAUGAUACGUUGUCUGUUUUCUACUGUCUAGUUUUUGAAGUGUAACAAUAAGGCUUCUAGUUUUUAUAUCGAAACACCAAGGAUGAUGACUAUCACAGUAAUGAUUGCUGAGGGACAGUUCAUCCGAAAAUAAAAAUUCUGUCAUAAAAUAAUCACCCUGUAAUUGUUUAAGACCUGCUUGAGUUUCUUCUGUUUAACACAAUAUGAGAUAUUUUGAAGAAAGCUGGAAAGCAGUAGCCAUUGACUUCCAUUGUAUUUGCAACCAUGGAAAUCAAUGGUUACAGGUUUUCAGCUUCCUUCAUAAUAUCUCCUAUUGUGUUUAACAGAAGUUAGAAAUGUACAUUAUUUUUUUUUUUUAUGUUAUAGACUUAUUCCAAAAUGAAUUAAAUUAAUUUAUUUCCUCAAAUUUCUACACACAAUACCCCAUAAUGACAAUGUGAGAAAAAAAAUUGAAAUUGUUGCAAAUUUAUUAAAAAUAAAAACCCUGAAAAUUCACGUUCAUAAGUAUUCACAGCCUUUGCCGUGAAGCUCUAAAUUGAGCUCAGGUAAAUUCUGUUUCCACUGACCAUUCUUGAGAUGUUUUAGCAGCUUAAUUGGAGUUCACCUGUGGUAAAUUCAGUUGACUGGACAUAAUUUGAAAAGGCAUACACCUGUCUAUAUAAGGUCCCAGGGUUGACAGUGCAUGCCAAAGCACAAACCAAGCAUGAAGACAAAGGAAGACAGGAUUGUCUUGAGGCACAGGGGGAAGCUCUGAAUGUUCCAAUGAGCACAAUGGCCUCCAUCAUCCGUAAGUGGGAGAUGUUUGGAACCACCAGGACUCUUCCUAGAGCUGGCCGGCCAUCUAAGCUGAGUGAUUGAGGGAGAAGGGCCAUAGUCAGGGAGGUGAUCAAUAACCCGAUGGUCACUCUGUCUGAGCUCCAGCGUUCCUCUGUGGAGGGAGGAGAACCUUACAGAAGGACAAUCAUCUGUGCAGCAAUCCACCAAUCAGGCCUGUAUGGUAGAGUGGCCAGACAGAAGCCACUCCCCGCCUGGAAUUUGCCAAAAGGCAUCUGAAGGAUUCUCAAACCAUAAGAAACAAAAUUCUCUGGUCUGAUGAGACUAAAAUUGAACUGUUUGGAGUGAAUGCCAGGCGUCACAUUUGGAGAAAACCAGGCACCGCUCAUCACCAGGCUAAUACCAUCCCUACAGUGAAGCAUGGUGGUGGCAGCAUCAUGCUGUGGGGAUGUUUUUCAGCAGCAGGAACUGGAAGACUAGUCAGGAUAGAGGGAAAGAUGAAUGCAGCAAUGUACAGAGACAUCCUGAAUGAAGACCUGCUUCAGAGACCUGCGCAUCGUUGGAUUUGCUCUUCAGUGUUUGGACUCUCAGUAGUGAUUAUUAAACCACACUGAACUGAGCUAAACUGAACUGAACUCAAACACUAAAAACUGAUCUACACUGUUCCUAUUUACUAUGACCUUUUAUGUGAAGCUGCUUUGACACAAUCUACAUUGUAAAAGCGCUAUACAAAUAAAGGUGAAUUGAAUUGAAUUGAGUCAGAGUGCUCUUGACCUCAGACUGGGGUGAUAUUUCAUCUUCCAGCAGGACAAUGACCCAAACCACACCGCCAAAAUAUCAAUGGAGUGGCUUCACAACAACUCUGUGGAUGUCCUUUAGUGGCCCAGCCAGAGCCCAGACCUAAAUCCUAUUGAACAUCUCUGGAGAGAUCUGAAAAUGGCUGUACACCGUCACUUCCCAUCCAACCUGAUAGAGCUUGAGAGGUACUGUAAAGAGGAAUGGGCAAAAAUUCCCAAAGACAGGUGUGCCAAGCUUGUGGCAUCAUAUUCAAAAAGACUUGAGGCUGUAAUUGCUGCCAAAGGUGCAUCAACAAAAUGUUGAGCAAAGGCUGUGAAUACUUCUGUACAUGUGAUUCAUGUUUUUUAUUUUUAAUAAAUUUGCAACAAUUUCAAAAAUCUAUUUCACAUUGUCAUCAUGGGGUAUUGUGUGUAGAACUUUGAGGAAAUAAUUUAAUCCAUUUUGGAAUAAGGCUGUAACAAGUUUUAUUUUUAUAUGACCCGCAUUCUGCCUUGUUAACUAAAAGUGGUUAAUUAUCCGUUCUGUCAGUAGGUGCCAGCAUUACCUUUGUACUCAUCAGACUUUACGCCCAUGAAUUUAAGGAAAGGAAAUAGGUGGAAUUAAAGGGAUAGUUCACCCCUCCACCAUUUACUCACCCUUAUUGUUGAAACCAGUUUCAGUUUCUGUUGAGCACAAAAUAAUAUAUUUUGAAGAAAGCUGAAAGCCUGUAACCAUUGAUAUUCAUAGUAGGAAAAACAAAUACUUUGGAAGUCAAUGGUUACAGGUUUUCAACAUUCUUCCAAAUAUCUUCUUUUGUGUUCAACAAGAAACUCAAGCUAGUUUUAAAGUGGAGGAUGGGUAAAAGCUGACAAUUUUCAUUUUUGAGUGAAAUAUCUCUUUAAAUAACUCAUAUUUAGCUCUGCUUUUCAAUAAGUUUCAUGCUCAACCUUAACUAAUAUUAUUAUGGAUGUUCAUAGUAUUUUGUCCCUACUUUAAUAUAUUUCAAAGUGGGUAAUUGCACUGAAUUGUUUAUAAUAAACAGAAAAUGUGUGUAAACAAGUAGCUGUUUAUGAUUGCUUAAAUGUUGUUUUUUAUUAUUAUUAUUAUUAUUAUUAUUAUUAAUAAUAAUCUUAUUAUUUGUUGGUUAGGUACGUAUUAUGAUUCCUGCCUUUACACUUCAGUGUGAACAAUACAUGUAUUACACCAGUAGAGGGCUGUUUGUAAUUUGUGGACCAAUCUUAGACUUGUCAAUGAUUUACAUUUCCUAUAAACUCAAAGACACUAAAAUGGCAAUUAAAUGCUAACUUUGAAGAAGCAACAUUGUAAAUGAACCUUUGAUCCAGUUUGUAAAUUAUAAUGUUUGAACAGCAGCGUAAGUUUCCUUUUGUCAGUGUGUACGUCGUGUGUGUUUGUGCCUUAUGGGAAUUUUUGACACUGAACAACAUUUGUGUUCAGCUAAAGAAAUGUCAAACACUUCUUAUGGCAUUAAAUCAGUACAUUUUUAGCUGAUGUUGAGUUUCAAUUACAAAAAUAAAAACACAAUUUGAGUAGUCUGAAAGAUCUACACAGA